ACGUGGUAUUUACAUUUUUAAUGAUUUAUGGCUAUGCGUUAAGAUGACAAUUGCAAUGAACAAAUAUUUUUUAAUUUUGAGUGUAGUUUUCGUAUCGUAUUUAAAAGCGGUUUCGUCAGAGAGUAAUUUGGAGGAUGACAAUGAGACGCAAGGACGGUAUCUUAUUGAAGGAAAGGUUUUUCCAAUGGAACUCCCUUUCACACCUCCAAAUUGGCAGGCGAACACUCGAUUACACGUGAACGGCGGCGAAUACAUCGGCUUCGUUAAAGAAGACGGUACGUUUAUAAUCCACAAUAUGCCUUCGGGAUCAUACAUUCUGGAAGUACUCCAUCCGGAAUUUUCCUACGAACCGGUUCGAGUCGAAAUAAACUCCAAAGGCAAGUUCCGCGCGAGAAAAGUGAAUCAUAUACAAACUAGCGUGGUCGUUCAAGUACCAUACCCGUUAAAGUUAAAACCGUUGGGAAAAACGAGAUAUUUUCAAGUGCGUGAGCAGUGGAGAAUUACCGAUUUCCUAUUCAAUCCGAUGAUCUUAAUGAUGUUCCUACCUCUGCUCUUAAUUAUGAUUUUACCAAAAAUGCUAAGCGAUCCGGAGACCAAACGGGAAAUGGAACAAAUCGGAAGUCUGACUAACUUUGAGAUGCCUGCUGUUUCUGAUUAUGUCACCAAUUACCUGGCGACUGCUCAAUCACAACCGGUUAAGAAGAAUGCGAAAAACAAGAAAAGACAAUGAGAUUUUAGUGCAGUGUUGCAAUUUACUUGUUCUUUAGGUAAAUAAACUUCGGUAGGUUUUGUGAGGUGAAGUGCACUAAUUUUAUUUCAUUAUUUAAUUAAGUAUCAAUUUUAUGGCAAGAUGUUGAUGUAGGGGAAAUUGUUAUGCUCACUUAUUUAUACAUGAAGUCAGUAUGUAUUUAUGUAAUAAUUGUUAUUUAGGUUUGUUAUGUUUCUUAUCAAAGUAUGUGAUUUGUUUA